AUGACACCUCUGUUAGUUUAUAGUUCAGAUCAUUUUGUUCUUCAAUUUGCUGCAAUGUUGGUGUCUAAUUUUCUUCAAGAUACUACAUACUUUGUGCCUGCCAUGUACAUUGUAUUAAUUUUUCUAUUUCUUUUUUAUUUUGCUUGUGGCAUAGGGAUAAGGACAACAGCAUAUGAUUUUGGAGAUACAAGGACCCAGUCAAGUGCUGGUGGUCAGCAUGAGCAAACAAUAACUUUCUCAGAUUUCCCUGAUACACCAGAUGAAGAACUUGAACAAGAGAAGCUACUAGGAGAAGGAGAGGAAGAUGAUGAUAAACCAAUAGGCCUAAAAAAAGGCACCGGGUUUUGGACAUUUGAUUUUUACCAACAGUUUUUCGAUGUUGAAAGCAAACAAGUUGGGGAUAGAAUCCUAUGGUCAAUGGUGCCUAAACCUGGUGUUAGCUAUUUACAGUCAUAUAUAAGACCAAAUCCAGAUCUCUAUGGUCCAUUUUGGAUAUGCAUGACCCUUACCUUCACCACUGCUAUCACAGGGAAUCUGGCUAAUUACCUAGGGACUAGACCUGAGGAAUCCUAUGUGUGGAGAUAUGAUUUUCACAAAGUUACGUUAGCUGCAACUGCAAUAUUCUCGUAUGCAUGGUUGGUACCACUUGCCAUGUGGGGAGUUCUGGUGUGGCGAGGGUCUCGAGCAAAAAUAUCUCUUCUGGAACUUCUAUGCAUAUAUGGUUAUUCAUUAGCCAUAUUUGUCCCAGUAUCGAUAUUAUGGAUUGUACCACAGCCAUGGUUUAAAUGGUGUCUUGCUAUUGUUGCACCAGUUCUCAGUGGUAGUGUGCUUGUACGUACUGUUUGGCCAUCCUUAUCACAUGAUGCAAAGCAGGUUGCUAUUGGCAUAGCUGUAUUCAUUUUGGUUCUGCAUGCGACUCUGGCACUAGGUUUCAUGUUGUAUUUCUUUGCUGCACCUGAGAGGGCACAGAGCAAUAUCAUUCCAGCAGAACCUGUGAAAGCAGAUGUUAAAAAUGAGGACUCUCCAUCACCAACAACCAAAAGACACACUGUGGACGAAAAAGUAAAGGAUGAAGAUAGUGCUGUAGUAGCAGCAGCAUUGCAUAAAGACCCAGGUGGAGACAGUAUGGUGGCAACAGAAAAAAAAGCUAUAAAGAACCCAGGUGAAGUAGCUGUUUUACCCCAGCAAAACCCUUUGAAUGGCAGCAUUGCAAAGAAAUCAGUUUCUGAGAAACCAGCAAAAAAGCCUUUGACAUUAGAAAGUACCUCAGCUCCAGCACACAAACAAAGUGAUGUGAAAAUGAAGGGAACACCUGAAGCCAUAAAAAAAGUUGGUGAUGUUAAGGACUUGAAACAAGAAUCAAAAGCUGAUUCAGCAAAGAGUAUCCCCAGUGUUCCUCCAGAAUCGUAACUUUAAAUGUAAUUUGUUUAUGAAAUACUAAGAGGAAUGUCUUGUAGAAAUUAUUUAAAGGUUUUCUAUAUUUAGUUAUGAAGAGUUUCACAUGACAUGCAGUGUGAUUGCUUGAAGUUGCAUGUGUGCAAGGUUGGUGUGGCUGUGAAUGUUUAGGAAAUGCUGUGUUGCACAAUCGAUAAAGUGUGUGCCUUGUGUGUUGAUGCCUAUGGUGAUGUAAAUUACUUUUAUGUAUAAAUUUUGAGCCAUGAUUUAAUUAUUAAUGUCUACAAACAUUUAUUAUACAUAUUUGUUACAAUAUAUUGAAAGUUUAGUGAAAGCAAACUGUAGGAAGUGGUAUGUUUUGGUAAUGAAUUUUCAGUUUUGAGUAGUUUUUGUUUUAAUCUUUCUAGUAAAGAAACAUAACUAAUUUGAUUUAGAAUAUUUUAUUGUUUGAAAGAAUGGAUAGAACUGUAUGCGCACCUAGAUGUUGAAGAAUACAAAUGUAUUGAGGUAAGUAUGUUUCAUAGGGGUCCAUAAAGUAUGUAAUAAGGUUAUCAGACAAGUUCUUUAUUUAUAAUCAAGGAUGUUUUCUUACCUGGAGCCAAAGUGGCUGUGAUUUUCAUUCUCCAGGAAUGCUUUAGAUACUAUGUAGCAUACUUAUGGCAUAGAACAGUAGGUCUUUGAUAAUGAUAACUUUUGAAUGCAGUAUUUCAAGGUGCUUUUGCUUGACAUGGAUAAAACAAUAAAGCAGUUGUUAAAGUAGUAAUCUGAAAAAAUUACGAAUGUUGAUUUAGUUUAUAUUCCUUUGUUGAUAUUUUGUCUUGGUUUUAAAUUCAACGUAAUUGCAAGGAAUUAGAGGGUUCAAGUAGUGCAAUUCAGUGAAUGUGGUUCCUGUCUCCAUCAGCUCAUUUAUGUGUAUUGUUGCUGGUAUAUUUUUGUGUGGUUUGUGAUGAGAUUCAGCCAAACUAUACAACAGAAUAGUCAUUCCUGGUUUUGUACAGUGUCUCUACAUUAUUUACUAUGAUAAGUGAGUGUGAUGAAAUGCAUUCCCAGAUAGUUGUAUGUAAUAUAGAUAAUUUUUGCAAUACAAAAUAAUCCCACUAGAUCAACCCAAUUACUCACUCCAUGGUGGCAUAAUGAAUGCUAGUAUUGCUUAGACUAAUUUCACCCAAAAUAGACCUGGAUAUUGUUUAGAUUAUAAUUGUACUUAUAAUAGAACUGGAUAUGGUCAUUCAUCAUCACUAUUCAUGAUUAUAAACCUUCGUAUUGUCAUAGAUCUUUGGUUGCGCAAAGCAAUGAAAUUUCAGUAAAAUACGGAUAAUUUUUGUAACCAACCACAACAAAAUGUUUGGUAAUUCUUUUGUCCAGCUAAAUAAAGCUUAAUAGAGUGUUGUAAUUAUUUCUGAGUAGCAUUACCGCAGCUUAUUACAACAGAAAGUCUGUUCUAGGUUGUGUUUUCAUGAACUUUCAGCAAAUACUUGUGGAUUUUAUAGUUUUUAUAGGGAGGUUCUCCUGGAUCAAUUUAUAUCUGAAGAAAAUUUACUUAUAAUAAACUAUUGUGUAACCAAUCUGGAAGUUAAACUAGAGGUUCAAGAACAAUAUCCUAUCACCAUGAAUAUCAACCAAGGAUGUUGACCAAAAACAUUUUGGUAGUAAAUGACAGAACUUGAAAGAAGGUAUGGUUUCAAUUACAUAAUCAAAUCACAUUUAACCCAACUGAACAAGUAAGAAAAAAAAAACUCUGAUUAUUGGUUCUUGCUAAUAGGACACCUCUAUAUUUGUAUAUAUAUACCUAUAACCAGCAACUAUUUUUUCUAUAAUUGUUGCACCCACCAGUAGUAGAUGAGUAAUUGGGAUCGCAGUACAUACAUAGUCAUUUUUGGUGAAAUUGGAUGUUUUCACUCCUUUCAAGUGACAUCAUGUUUAUAGGAUGUAAUUCCUGUUUUACGUGGGGAAAGGUAUCUUUGACAUUUGAAGAAGUCUUUCAUUUGGAAAGAGUCAUCUUAGACAAUGUGCUCAUCUUUUGGUUUUGUGUGUUUUCCAUUUUGUAUAUAUAUUAUAUAUAUGGGUAAUUAAAACCAAUUUGGAAACUGUAAGACUUGUGAAGGGAAGAACUUGAACCAGUGAAAAUAUUUAACUUUAAUUAUGUGUAAUGGCCUAUAUAAAAUCAGUUUUUCCUUUUGUAGUAAAAAAAAGCAAUAGUAACCUAUUUAUGGCAUCACAUUGUAAUGUUAUUACUUUGAAACUCAGUUGUAUCAACAAAAAUGGGAGUUGGAGAUGCUGCCCAUUUGCGUAAUAGUGUGAAGACUAGUUUAUAAUUUUAUGAUAAAUAUCCUAAUAUAAAUUGUGAUGGGAAUUGAUUUAAUUCAACUUGGAAGGAAGUUUUUCUCUAUUAAACUUUUGCAUAAUUUCAUUACUGUGAACAACUGGUAGUCAAUGGGAGUAUUUGAAAGAUGUUCAUGUUCCGGUAUGAAGCUUUUCAUGAGGUUUCACAUAAUUUUCAAUAUUAUUCAUUGUAGAAGAUAUUGCUAAACUGUUCUGUAUGAUAUAUACUUUUGUGUAUAAAGUUAAAAAACUUAAA